AUGACAAAGAUUAAAAAUUCCAUCAGUAGUACAGAUAAAGUUCGUUCUGCCUUUACGGCUGAAGAAGACGCUCACUUGCGGGAAUAUAUUAUAAAAAAAAAGAGUGAAGGUGCAGCAUUACAUGGAAAUAACAUUUAUAGAACGUAUCCAGCACUAAACAAUCGCCACCCUUGGCAGUCAAUAAGGCACCAUGCCAUAAAAUUCAUCAUUCCGCAACUUCCCACAAACGAAGUUCCCAGUCACAAAAUUCAACCUAAGAUGUAUAAGAACCUCCUUUCUAGAUCCGAGCAAGAAACUCUUCAGAUUUAUCUUCUUGCCCAAAGGAAUAAUCAUGAAGGGCUGCAUGGAUACAUCAUCUACCAACAAUAUCCAGCGCUCGACGAACACUCCUGGGAAACGAUUAGAGAAUAUGCGAUUAAAUAUAUUAUUCCGUAUUUGCCUGAAGAACCAAAUAUACCACAAGAGAUCAUUGAUGAUUUCGAAGUUCACGUAGAAAUAGAGUCAACACCGGAAAAUGACGUUUUCGACGAUAAAAUGGCAAUAUAG